AUGGCGGCAUGUCAUCCUCAUACCUAUGAGAACGAGAUCUAUGCAAACGGACUCAAAAAUAUCAAACCAUCCAUAAGCUUCCAUCCGCUUGAGUGGGAGGCCCAGGCUAAGGAGGUAUUACCUGCCGACAGCUUUGGUUAUGUCUGGGGCUCUGCUGGCCUCCGCGAGACCGACGACAACAAUCGAGCAGCCUUCCGCAAAUGGGCUAUUCUUCCAUCCCGGCUUGUCAAAUCAGGUUUUCCAAGCCUGAAGACCACUCUUUUCGGUGAAGAAUACAACUAUCCCAUUGCUAUUGCACCUGUGGGAGUUCAGCGAAUCUUCCACCCCGACGCUGAAAUUGCUGCAGCCACAGCAGCUCGAAAGCAAGCUGUUACAUACACACUCAGCUCGGCCUCGUCCACAAGUAUUGAGGAUGUUGCAAAAGCAAACGACAGUGGAUCUCGUUGGUUCCAACUUUAUUGGCCCUCCAACGAGCACCAUGAUAUCACUGCGAGUCUGUUGCAGCGAGCCAAAGCAGCGGGUUACAAGGUGCUCGUCGUGACCCUCGACACUUAUAUUCUAGGAUGGCGUCCAUCAGACUUGUGCAACGCGUUCAAUCCUUUCUUGCGACCUGAUAAUAUCGGUGUUGAGUUAGGAUUCACAGAUCCGGUUUUCCGUCGCCAGUUCCGCGAGAGACAUCACAAGGAAGUGGAGGAGGAUGUGGGAACAGCGGCAACAGAGUGGGCGCGAACCAUCUUCCCGGGCACCAGCCACUCCUGGGAGGACCUUCAGCUUCUGCGGAAACACUGGGACGGCCCCAUCGUCUUGAAGGGCAUUCAGACUGUUCAGGACGCCCAGCGCGCUGUUGAAGCCGGGAUGCAGGGCAUCGUUGUCUCCAAUCAUGGAGGCCGUCAACAAGAUGGGGGCAUUGGAUCUCUUGAUGUGCUUCCCGAGAUCGCAGAGGCUACCAAAGACAAGCUGGAAAUCAUAUUUGACUCUGGGGUCCGCAGUGGUGCUGACAUCGCUAAGGCACUGGCCCUGGGUGCCAAAAUGAUCCUUAUCGGUCGUCCGUACGUGUAUGGGCUAGCCAUCGGUGGCGAAGCUGGCGUGUCACACGUACUCCGCAGCCUCCUCGGUGACCUGGAAUUGACGCUUCACCUUGCUGGAAUUCCCUCGGUAUCUCCCGAGGUUCUGAAUGAUAGUGUGUUGCGUCGGAUCGCUUCAUAG